GUUUAACUGACUUGAUGCUAUACUCUGAUCACAAUGUGUUCCAUUAAUUCUUUUUGAGCAGUCCAGUAGCCCCGACAGUUAAGCCCAGCUCCGUCCACCCCGCCCUCACCGCCCCCGAUUCUCAGCCCUCACAAGGCGAGAUGUGUGUCGCGUCUCCUGCUGCUUUGACUGAGAUGUUCUGUUUCCUGACGGAGCACAUUUCCACAGGAGACACGCACCGUCCGCUGCCGAGAUCCAGCCGCUAUUAUAUUAUAAUAACUUCAAUAAAUUAUAUCAUCGGAGAGUUUUGACCAUGAAACGGGCCACACUGAGUCCGAUGGCGCAGUGGAUAAUACUUUUGCUAUCUUUAUACGGAGUUCUGCACGGACAAGAGAUUCAGCCUCCUACUGUACAAGAGUGCUGUCAGGAUGGGAGGGAUCGGGCCCUGGGAGGACAUGACUGUACAAUCCUUCCCCUCAUCUCGUCCUCCCACACCUGCAGGAUUGCUCAGGAGCAGUGCUGUGCAGCAGUGGUACUAGACAAGCUCUGCGACAAUGGCAUCAAAUUGGCCCACAGUCAAGGGGCCUGCGAGAGGCCCUUCUUCCAAGGAGACCCCUGGGAAACUCAAAUCUCGAAGAUGUGUUGUGACUGCUGUGUGCUCGGCCUGAUGGCAGCAAGCCGGGAUUCGAGCUAUGAGCUUCAGGGCCUGUUGCUGGGGAGACAGUGUGCAUACACAGCUAAAACCUGCUGUGGCAAAAACACAACAGAGGAAGUCAAACCAAAUGCUGAGGUUCCAGCAACAGAAAAGCCUAAGACCAGCACUACUGCCACUCCAGAGGGACUGGGCUCCUGUAAAGACUCCACUUGCUCCCAGCUGUGUGUAGGUAAUGGCACAUGUGCCUGUUACGAUGGUUAUCAGCUGGAAAAAGAUGGAGUCAAAUGUGUGGAUGUGAACGAGUGUCUGCUGGGUAGUCACAACUGCGUCCUCGGCCAAAUUUGCAUUAACACAGAGGGCUCGUUUCGCUGCCAGAGGGAAACCGGCUGUGGUACAGGGUAUGAGCUCAGAGACAACAACAACUGCCAAGACAUUGAUGAGUGUGCUUUGGGGACCCAUAACUGUGGAGCAGACUUUUUGUGCACCAACACAGUUGGCUCAUUCCGCUGCCACCCAAAGGAGAGGUGCCCUGACGGUUUCAUUCAGGACGCCGCCGGCAGCUGUAUCGAUAUAAAUGAGUGCGUGGCCCAUACCAGUCCAUGCCUUCCUGGCCACACUUGUAUCAACACAGUGGGCUCCUACACCUGUCGCAGGAACACAGUCACUUGCGGGCGAGGCUAUCAUCUGACUGAGGACGGAUCACGCUGUGAAGAUGUAGAUGAGUGUCGUACAGGCAACGUCUGUGGCGGCCAUGGCUGUGUGAACCUUGUGGGAUCAUACCGCUGUGAGUGCAGAAUGGGCUUCAUCUUCAACAGCAUCACCAAACUGUGUGAAGAUAUUAAUGAAUGCAGGCAUUACCCAGGACGACUCUGUGCCCACAAGUGUGAGAACACAGAGGGGUCCUACCUGUGCAGCUGCACCACUGGCUUCAAACUGUCCCACGAUGGCAGAAACUGUGAUGAUGUGAAUGAGUGUGAGGCCAACCCUUGUAGCCAGGAGUGUGCCAAUGUCUAUGGCUCCUACCAGUGCUAUUGUCGCCGUGGUUACCAGCUGAGUGACAUCGAUGGGAUAACGUGCGAAGAUAUCGAUGAGUGUGCUCUGCCUGCUGGAGGUCAUGUUUGUUCCUACCGCUGCUCCAACGCCCCAGGGAGUUUCUACUGUACCUGCCCACCCACUGGCUACACGCUCGCGCCCAAUGGACGCAUGUGUCAAGACAUUGAUGAAUGUGCAGCAGGGACCCAUACCUGUUCUGUCUCUGAGAACUGCUUUAACGUCCAGGGAGGAUUUCGCUGCAUGUCCUUUGAAUGUCCUCAAAACUUCCGGCAGACAACACAUGGAUCCAAACAAGAUGCUUCAUUCAGUGUGCGUUGUGUUAAGGCCUGCCAACCUAAUGACAUCGGCUGUUCUCUGGACCCCGUCCACCUCAUCACCCACAGUGUCCUCUCUCUGCCAACCUUCAGAGACUUCACUGGACCAGAGGAAAUAGUUUUCCUGCGGACAGCUGUGGCGGCUAACCUUGCUCCUCCCCCUGGUGCAACUGAUGUUUUCUUUGAAAUUGUGGCUGCAGAUGAACAGUCCUCUUUUGAUGUGGUGAAACGCUCCCACCAAGGCAUGAUUAUGGGUGUUGUUCAGCAGGUGAAACCAAUCAUUGGCCCCAGGGAUCUUAAGGUGGAGGUGACUAUGAACUAUGUAAAGUCAGGGGUCAUUUCUCAUCGCAAUGUGGUCAUCAUCCACGUCUUCAUCUCUGAGUUCUGGUUCUGAUAUGAGCUAAGAAGGGGAUGAAAAUACUGCAUUAACAAUAUAACACAUAACUUGGCAAAUAUUUAAAUUUAGUUUUGAAUAUUUGGAGAUGCCACAUUUAUUUUGCUGAGCAUUAAAAAAGAGCCUCAAAGGUUAAUUAUUUUUCUUGCAAGAUUUCAAGUGCUGGUGCUCUAAAUUCGGCUACAGUGGCAGUUUGCAACCCAUCCAGGUCAUUUCAACAAGUCUUUGUCAUUUCAACACAGUUCAUACAGAACACAUUAUCAAAAAAAACAAAACAUGUCAACCUGCUGGUGGUGCUAGAGGAAAAGUCAAGGGAUUGCCAGAGAAGAUUCAUUCCCUGGGGUACAAUCAAUCCAGUUGUGGAGAUAUUUCAGUCUGGCUGAAAGUAAUGGACUGACCUAAAAACCAACAUUGCAUCCACAGAGCCACUCUGUUAGCAUGGCUAAGAAGUCAUUUUUCAAGCAACAAAACACUAAAAUCUCUCACUCGAUACUUCUGACCCAGAUGUGUUGAAUGUUACAUGCCUUUUACAAGAUCGGAAUCAGAGAAAAUCAUAGACUAACGGGGUAAUAGUCACCUGUCAUCUCCUUAAAACCACUGUCCUCUGUGUUUAAUUUGAAUUCAGACUUUGUUGUCAUGAGUGCCACUAUGAUAGACUGUUGGUUAACUUGCUGAAAUGUUUGAUGUUUGCUCCAUUUCAUCGGUUGUGACAGACCAGAUUCAACAUCCUUCAUUUGAUAAUAAAAUGAUUCAUCUAUGGACUUGCUUUCGACAUCGACUGUGUUUUGUACCAC